UCCUAGAGUUUUGUUUUGAACAGAAAAAAACUUGUAAGAGAAAAAUGGCGGGAAAGGUGUAUAUGGUCAUGGCAUUGAUAAUGAUGGGAUUUGUUUUACAAGCAUGCAAUGGAAUGAAUGUUGAUGUUGAUGAUGGUGAUGAUAUCAAGCCAACAGAAGAUUCAAGAUUCUUUUGCUUCAGAGUCUGUUCCAUUAGAUGUGGCAAACAAAACAAGCCUUGUUACCAAGAAUGUUUGCCAAAAUGUGGUCUCCCACGACGACUUGCUAAACCAACAACAUCUCCAUCAUCACCGUCCUCCACCGUUUGAUUUUUUUUCUUCUAUUUGUGAUUUGUGUCUUUUAAGUUCUAACUAUAUAUCAAUUGAGCCAACUGCUAAGUUUUCUUUUAUAUGUGUUUAUCAACAUCAUACAUUUGUAAUUGUGGAUAUAAAUACAGGAAGAAUGGUUCAGUUGAUUA